AGACUCUUCAGAUAAACACCAGAAGAAACGGCAGUUUUCACAUCUAGCGAUGUGAUGGUGCUAGAGACGUGCCUUUGUGCACGAAUGAACUCGCUCUGUUGGAUGGCGAGGUAGACGGAUUUUAAAUCUAAAGAAGAAGGAUUGAUUUUUUCGUUGUUUGCGUAGUUAAAGUGUAAAAAUGCGCGGACGUGUGACAGGCCAGGCCAUGGAGCUGCUGGGCAGCGGCGCCUCCAGGAUCAGCGUGGCCAGGCUCUUUCUAUCCACAUCAGCCAAAGCGACCGCUCCGCAAUCGACCGACAAAAGAUUUCGGUCUACAUCGUCCGUGUCCAGUUACACUGAGCUGGCUCGGGAACGGUCCAAAACCGUUACGUCUUUUUACAAUCAGUCUGCCAUCGACGCAUCUGCCGAGAAGCCUUCUGUCAGACUGACACCAGCCACUAUGCUGUAUGCAGGGAAGUCUCCUGAUGGACAACAUAUCUUGAGCAGUGCCAAGUAUCUACACAAAGAGCUGCCUGUCCGUAUCGCCCAUCGCAUAAAGGGCUUCCGUAGCCUGCCCUUCAUUAUUGGCUGCAACCCAACCAUUCUCCAAGUGCACGAGCUUUAUAUCAGGGCCUACCACAUGCUGAGCGACUUCCCGGCUAUUAAAGACCAGGAGACUGAAGCUCGCUAUAGUAAGCUUGUAAAACAACUUCUUGAUGACCACAAAGAUGUUGUCACCAUGUUAGCUGAAGGUUUCAGGGAAUGUCGUAAGCACAUACUGGAUGAGACUCUGGUUCGCAAUUUCUUGGACACAACACUGACAUCUCGUCUGGGCAUCCGCAUGCUGGCCACACACCACAUUGCCCUGCAUGAGGAUAAUCCUGACUUCGUAGGCAUUAUAUGUCGCCGCCUGUCCCCCAAAAAGAUAAUCGAGAAGUGGGUUGAUUUUGCUCGACGGCUUUGUGAGCAUCAGUACGGGAACUCUCCACGGGUUCGCAUUAACGGCCAUGUGGCGGCCCGCUUUCCCUUUAUUCCACUGCCGCUGGACUACAUCCUGCCUGAGCUGCUGAAGAACGCCAUGAGGGCCACAAUGGAGAGCCACUUGGACACCCCUUACAAUGUGCCUGAUGUUGUGGUCACAAUUGCCAACAAUGACACAGACUUUGUCAUAAGGAUCUCAGACCGUGGCGGUGGCAUUCCUCACAGCAUUCUGGAUCAGGUGAUGGAUUACCACUUCAGCACGGCUGAACAGAGUACACAGGAUCCCCGCAUGAGCAACCUUUUCAACACCAUUACCAACAGCGGCCCCCAGUCCGGACCCAUGCAUGGGUUUGGCUUUGGUCUGCCUACAUCCCGGGCGUACGCUGAAUACUUAGGAGGUUCCUUGGCCAUCCAGUCGAUGCAGGGCAUCGGCACAGACGUCUACCUGCGUCUUCGGCACAUUGAUGGCAAAGGAGAGAGCUUCAGGGUUUGAUGUCAUGGUCUAUUCAUAGAGCUUGUGGUCAGUCACCAUGUAAGGCUCAAAGCUGAACUAAAACCAGGAUGUUCAACAGUUGUCUUUUCACUUACGUUACCUGUCACUGCAUCAGUAUCAUAUUUUGAAUCAUGUUUUCUGCAGAUUGUGGGUGUCAUGCUUCCGCACUGCGUUGUGUUUGUGUAGCGCACUGUGAUUUCUGUAAAACAUUCAGCCUUAAGAUUGCAAGUGAUUUCAUGAUUAAAAUCCAGCAUGUUACUGUCCAGAAAUCACCAGUGGGACGAGUCCUUACACUCCAGACGCCUGCAGAAGAUACUCUCCAGACAGCCAUAUCCUGCUUUUCUUCAAAAAUAGGAGUGAAUUGUUUGAACUCUUUGGAGCUGUAGGGUUCACUCCAAUGGUGAAUGCAGAAAUCUUCUAUGAACUCUGAAUAGAGGUUGACUGCCUUACAAGAAAAGACUCAUUGAAACAAUGUUGUUAGUCUUGCUUCACACCUGUCUGAAUUGACAUUUCACAUUAACCAUAUGAGCUGGAGAGUUUAUUGUAGAUUUCAUGCUUGAAAUGGUUUGCUAAAAAAGGCUUUUGGGGUUCUAGCACAACGCAAAAUGUAACUUAUUGUUUUUUUUUUCCCUCCAGCAAACAGUGUAUUAUAAAGAUGUUCAUAUUUGAAGUAUGUUUUUACACUUUACUCACCUGCACAUGUGGUCUCUUUAUCGGUUUUCAGUUCAGUUCAUUUAAGACCGUGAGAAACCUUGAGAUUCGUUUUCCUGAAUUAAUUAGAAAUUUUCCCCAGAUGACAAAAGCUCACUAAUUAAACUGCCGAAGAAGUUCCCAAUACACACAGUACAAAUAAUCCAUAGCAUUUUGUCUUGUAAUGUUGUGCCUGUGGUUUCUUUUCUCUCCUUUUGAAAUAAUUGUCAGAAAAAGGAGCAUUAGUGUGUUUUCUGCUCAUUAUCUGUGCUCAAGAGCUGCAUAUUUGUGGCCCCAGUUUGCCCUCUACUGGUGAAAUAUGAGUAUUAACUUUGACUUUAAAGAAUAUGGACAUACUGAUUUAGUGUAAUGAAUGAUGUACAGUAGGUUCUGGAUGAUUUAGAAUGACUAACAUGCACAUAUUAACAUAUUCCUAUGUUUAUAUAAAAGGCCAAAUUGUGGCAUGAAGCACCCAGAAUGAUAUCAUGGAUGGGAUCAUUUUAUUGUAUUUUUUUUUCUUUUUGAUGUUGAGUUUGCAUUAUAUAGAUGCCAAACGCGAAUAGUUCUUCGGGCAUUAUAAAAUUCUGGAUGAGAA